AUGUCUAUGAGCCAACCUCCAAGAUCGGGACUAUACCAGCCUGUCCAGUAUGCCCAGCAGGCACCUACUGCACCACCGAUGGACGAAAAGUACAUGCCCAUGUCCAACAACAGGCGGUAUUGCUGUGGUCUGUUUUCGUCAAGGAAGGGAUGCUUGUGGUGCUUCAUCCCUUGCUGUGUCUUUAUAUUGAUUGCUAUCGCUUUAAUCUUGUUCUUUUGCAUACCUCGUGAACCAAACUUUGAUGCUUAUGGCGUCUCCUACACCAACCAAACAACCGUCAAGCUUGUCAACGGAGGUCCAUUCAUUCAAUUCAAUCUAGGACUCAACGUUAGCUUGUACAGUUUGAGCUACUAUCCAACGACCCUGGCUUCAAUCGACGUCACGGGCGCUCCAGUCGUUAACGGCCAACAAUCAAAAACACUCGCUGUGAAUGGUACAAACCCAAAGCCAAUCUAUCUACCAUCAUUCACCAACGUGUCAACAGUAAUACCUUUCACAGUCAUAUAUAAUGCCAGUAGCGUGGCAGCAGCAUUGGCUGACCCACUAUGGGGUGAUCUCUUCGAAGCCUGUGGCCUGAUUCCUCUAGUAAAAGCCAGACCUUUGCAAUUAGCAUAUUCAGCGACGGGGUCCCUUCAAGGGCUUGAAUUCAUCAAAGCUACUAAAUCGGGCUCGUAUAAUUACACUUGUGUAAUCACAGCAUCGGAGGUUACUGCCAUCUUCGGAACAGCGUUGGCAACUCUGGGACUAUAA